AUGACUGCUAUACUGAGCAACAUCCUUGACCGGUCCCUGGCCCGAAGCCACCGGAAGAAGGUGGACAGUUAUCUCCGAGAUGUUACUACAGAGUCUGUUCUCCAGGGCUUGAGCAAUACCAUCGUAAUUCGAGAUCGUGCAACCGCCAUCUCGCCGCAAGCUAUUUUCGACGCGUCCUGUAUCCGUGACACACCUCAAGAAAAGCCAUACUGGACAAGGGUAAGCCUUGAGAACCACCUUGCGAAAACCCACUCAGAAAUUACCUUUCCGGACAGAGCUAUCGAUGUUCUAUGGUCGUCCUUCUACUUCUAUGCCUACCACCCCUUCCCACGUCCGGACGUUGAUCAGGGAAAGCUGGAAUUCUCUGCCUUUGAGCGAGCAGUAGCCAUACUCGCUCUGCAAGGCGACAAGCGUCUUGGAAGCGUGGAGAAUGGAUUCGGUAACCAUUGGCGACCUGAUCGGUCCUAUACCCGCGAACUGCACCAGCAUCGGAUUCUUCGCAGCAUCUGUCGUAUAAGCGGAUCAAAGCUCACUACAAAUGACCCACACAUGUUGGAGGAUGUGGUAGAUGUGUUGUUCACCACGCAUCCGUAUAGCAUGAAAUACCCUACGGAUCCUGCAACGUUGACCCCAGUGGCAGAACGUCUCCUUCGGGGUAAAGUGCCGAAUCAUCAGUUGAUGGCUGAGGACUUGAGCGCUUUGCUAUCUCUGUUCAUUAGGCUGAGACAGCACGAACUGACCUGGAAUAGGGGAAUUCAGUACGGCUUUUUCGAGGAAGCUAGUUCAGUGACCGAAGAUCUGUCGAGGACACUGGUCCAGUCAUCCCACGAUGAGCCGCCAGAUAUGUUACACCCGGAAGCUGCGCUUCGAGUUUCGAAAGCCCUGUCAAAUCUCGAAUGGAAAUUCCAUGAGCUGUGGGCAACAAUAUCUCAGCCUCCUAUGCUUAGAAGCAGUCCCGUACUCGGACCGACGUCGGAAGACACUGGCGAGUAUCCUUCGAACAGCAUCAUUAUUCAUCCCGGCAUUUGA